AUGGCAUCAAAGAACGAAGACGAAUACGAUUUCCUUUUUAAGAUUGUUCUAAUAGGUGAUUCUGGCGUAGGAAAAACCAACUUGCUAUCAAGAUUUACUAAAAAUGAAUUCAAUAUGGAUUCAAAGCCAACAAUCGGUGUAGAAUUUGCCACUAAAACAGUUAUUACAGAAAAUAAAUACAUAAAAGCACAAAUUUGGGACACUGCAGGUUAAGAAAAAUACAGAGCUAUUACUAACGCAUAUUAUAGAGGAGCUGUUGGUGCUCUCACCCUUUAUGAUAUUACAAAGCAAUAGACAUUUGACAAUGUAAAAAAGUGGUUACAUGAACUCAGAGAAUAUGCCGAUGCUAAUAUUAUUUGUAUGCUUAUUGGUAAUAAAUGCGAUUUGUAAGAAAUGAGAUAAGUAAAGACAGAAGAUGCUGCUAAAUUUGCAGAAGAAAAUAACCUUGCAUUUAUGGAAACAUCUGCUGCCUAAGCUAUAAAUGUAGAUUAAGCCUUUUAAAAACUCAUCACAGAAAUAUAUAAUAAUUUGAAGACAAGACCUAAUGAAGAAAAAAAAAAGGCAUAACCAUAAUAAAAUGGAAAUAAUAUAAUUAAAGAUUUUAAGCAACCCACCUAAGCAGAAAAAGAAAAAAAAUGUUGUUGA